CUCUCAAAUGGAAUUUCUUCAACUUUGGUUCCCGGGGAUUCAUUUUUACUCUUAACAUUUCUUUUGUUGAAAUAAAUUACUUCUACUCUCAGAUUCUUUAGCAUGGCAGCUUCAUUGCAGUUUUAUGGUGUUACACAUAGACCUCCCUGCCAUCUAUCUUCUUCUUCUUCGCAUUCACUUCCCAUUCCCAAUGUCUAUUCACUGUACAGCAUCUUAAUGCCUCUUCUCAUUUGCGUUCCCCUGUAAGUAAAAUUUUGAGGCUCAGUCGCCACCAGGGAACUAUUGUUGAUACGAUUCAACAAAGUAAUGAGACUGAAAAUCCAAGUUUAGGUGAAACCAACAACCAAUUGAUGUGUGUUAUGAAGUUUGGAGGCUCAUCCGUGGCCUCUGCUGAGAGGAUCAGAGAGGUUGCAGCGGUUAUCCUCAGCUUCCCCAAUGACAGGCCAGUAAUUGUUCUCUCUGCUAUGGGAAACACAAUGAAUAAGCUUUUGUUGGUAUGGAAGGAUGUUGACAGUGUCUUGACCUGUGAUCCUAAUAUAAACCCACAUGCAGAACCUGUCCCCUAUUUGACAUUUGGAGAGGCAGUUGAACUUGCUUACUGUGGUGCUAAGGUCCUGCAUCCACUAUCCAUGAGACCAGCUAGGGGGGUGAUAUUCCUGUCAAGGUUAAGAAUUCUUACAACCCUACUGCACCAGGAACUCUUAUCACAAGAGAUAGAGAUAUGAGUAAGAAGGAGUUUUGCUAGAAUUUCUGCACAUUGGGAUGAUGAGCAUUGGGAUGAUGAGCAUAGCUAAUAUUUCAACUUUUUUGCAUUUGGCUAUUUUAAUCAAAGUUGUCAAUACCG